GGCAAAACGCUGAAUUAAAAUUGUAAACAAUUACUCAAAAAAAAAGAUCUUUGAAUUCCUUGACCUAACUAUUAAAGAAGAUUAUAAAUUAAGUCAAAUUCUGUUAAAAUAUCAUAAGAUUGUGCCAAAGUAUUCAUUCAUCUUAACAAGAAGUAAUUGUGCAAACAUACAUCUAAAAAAGUUAAACCUGAAAACCGCAUUUUGAAAUGUCUAGUUCUUCGGAUGAUUCUGAUUAUAAUGUUGAAGAAUACAUAAAACCAGACAUUAUAAGACACACAUACAAUAAUGAAGAUUUGAUAUCAGAUCAUGAACAAGAAAGUGACUCAAGUCAUGAUUCAAGUGAUAAGGAGACUGAUGUGAAAACGGACGAGGAGGAAAAUGCAAAUUCAAUUCAAGAGCAUGAAGUUAACAGCUCAAAAAUAACAUCAGAUAAAAGAAAAGAAGUUGCAUCAACAAGAACUAAUUCAAGAUUUAUUCUGUAUGUUACAAAUCUUUCCGGAGAAACUACACGCUCUAUGCUUGAAGAUUUCUUUGGAGAUGCAGGUCAAAUUAAGUCAAUACGAAUCCCAAAAGUCAGAUUAGGAAAUUUUGCUUUUGUAGAGAUGACAGAUAUUGAGGGCUUUAAGAACAUCAACAUAAACAUGGAGUUGGAUUUUAGUUCUUUUUUAAGUGUUAAAUUAAAAGAAAAAAAGAUAGAUGUUAGCGUUUAUCAUGGUUAUCUGUUGGGAAUCAUGGAAGACAACCUGGAUGAAGCGGAAAAAUAUGAAAUGGUCACUGAUAUUUUGAAUGAUUUGUUGGCAGGUACAAACACCGAUGAUAUUGUUAAUGCUAUUUUUGACAAAUGGCAUGAAACUCACAGCACUCAUUUAAAUGAAGCUGAACGAAAACAGGAAGAGGUUGAUAUCGCAGAACUUCUUAAAACACAAACAAGCAUCUCUUUACAAGCUGCUGGUCAGCACAACCGGCAAUUGACUGAAGAAGAAAAAAGAAUCAAGCAACAAAUUUUGGCAAACUACUCCCAAUGUUCUGACAAGGAAGAAGAAGAUGAAGAAUAUGCCAAAUCAAGCGAUGAAGACGAUCCAAAUCUCGAGAAAAAUACGAACAAAGCUGAUGUUCAAAAACUUGCACGAGAAAAACGAGAACAAGCGAAAAUGGAAUCACAACAGAAGAAACUCAAAGAUAAAGAAGAUCGUGCCAAGCAAAAGGCUUCACGUGAAGAUAAGAAAGCCAAGAGACAAACAGCAGCAGCUAAAGGUGAAAGGAAGCGGUGAUGGAGUAUCGCUGAUGACGUUGACGUUUAUUAGCUUACAAAAUGUUGUUUUGUUUUUGGCUCACAAAAAAAUAAAGGAACGAAAAUAAUAUGAAUUUAAAGAGAGUACCUGAAAAUGUGCCCACAUUAUGAACAUUUUCGGGUGAUCUCGAAUUAAAAAUAACAAAAAUUGUUUUUCAUAAUUAGAUUUGUCAACAAUGGUCGUCGUUGUUUUUUUUUCUUAAUCUUGUGAUUAAUGUUGUCGACUUCUUAAGUGUUGUAACUUGCAAGACAUUAAAAUAAUAAGUUGA